AAAACAGAUAUGGAGCCUCUUGUUAGUGAACGAAAGAGUUAUAUGAAGCAUAUUAUUCUUCUGAGUGCAUCAUUCUUUGGUGUGUUUUUCGCUUUCAAUACAUCCCAGGCACUUCAGACGUCUUCUCAUAGUAACCCAAUCCAGGGUUAUAUCAACCUUGGUUGUUUGUAUGGAAUGUUCGCUUUCUUUUCCUUCUUUGGACCGAAAGUCGUAUCCAUGUUGGGACCAAAAGUUUCCAUGAUUUUGGGUGCAGUUGCCUAUGCCAUUGUAGUUGCCUCAAACCUCGUUGAUAGCGCGGUUGUGCAGAUCCUCGCUAACCUUCUUGUGGGAGUGGGUGCUGCCAUUCUCUGGAAUGCCCAGGGUGUAUAUCUUGGUCGUUGCGCUCUGUGGGAUUCUCGUACUUCCACGAAGAGCUUCGCCGAGACCACCUCUUCGUUUAACGGUGUGUUCUACUCCAUCUUCCAGUUCACUGGCUGCUUCGGCACCGCCAUCGGUGGUGUGAUCAAGCAGAUCACCGACGACAACCGCGUGCUGUUCACGGUGCUGACCGUGGUGGGCGCGUUGGCCGUGGCUUCGAUGUUCAUUCUUCCCAGCGUGAAGGCGUACACUGCUCCCGGCCACUCCGAGAACGAAGAUACGGUGUCGAUCAACGCCACGCUGCGUCUGCUGUGCAAGUCGAUGAAGCUGGUGAUGACGCUGCCGAUCGUGAUCUACAACGGAAUGAGUCUCGCGUACAUCUUCGGAGAUCUGACCAACUCCGUGUACAAGCCCGCCUUCGGAGCCUCCUGGGUGCUCUAUCUGACCGCUAUUUUCUACGGCUCCAACUCGCUGUUCUCGUACUUCUUCGGAAAGUGCGUGGAGAAGAAGUGGAUGUCCCGCAGCGUGAUGUGCUUCAUCGCGUUCCUCACCCAGCUGAUCGCUUAUCUCUUCAUCAUCUUCUACCAUGUGAAGGAGAACGAUAAGAGCGUGCUGGACCUCGUCCUCAUCAUCAUCAUGGUCGUGAUCCUUUCGGCUGGAGAUGCCGUCUGGGAGUCGCAGCCUCCCGCCAUUCUGCAGUCCUUCUAUGGACUCGACAGCGAGCGCAAUGCUGCGAUGGCCAACUACAAGAUGUGGCAGUCGCUGGGAUGGUGCGCGCAGUUCGUGAUUGGAGCUGUGUGGGCGGCGAACAAAUACAUCUACAUGAAGUCGAUCGUGCUGCUGGUUCUGCUGGUGGUGGGAUACUUGUUCGUGGUGUAUCUGGAUAAGAAGGUGGCCAAGCUGGAUAUGAAGAAGGGAGAGAGCGCCGCUCUUUUGGCUGGAGUGUCGUCUAAUUAGAGGAUUCAAUGAUGUGAAUGAUUGCUU